UGUGUAUAGUGUAUCAUUUCUCUAAAAAAAGGUGAUCAACCUUAUUUCAUGUCAGAAUCGAGGAUGUUGUGUGUUGUCUGAAAACUUGUUGAGUGACAUGUUUUUGUUUGAUUGGUGUGCCAAAAGGGUUGACCAAUCAGUACUGACGUGCACAUAAGCCCCACCUUGUUAAUAAGACAAUGGACACAAACGAUGAGCUUUAGGCACACUUGUGUCAAGUAAUCUUCCCCGAUCUCCUGAAGGAACCAUGUCUCCUGUCUACCUUCUCCUCCUGCUGAUCCCUGUGAUCUCGGCUCAGACUUUUCACUGGGGUCCCUGUUCUACUCCAGAGUUGCAGUCCAACUUCACCCUUGAACCGUACCUGGGAGAGUGGUAUGAGAUUGCAAAGCUGCCUGCUUACUUUGCAAUAGGGGAGUGCAUCCAGGCAAACUAUUCUAUGAGAGAAGAUGGGACUGUGCGAGUACUGAACUCUCAGGUGUUAAACAUACUGAAUGGCAGUAGGUGGGUUGUAGAGGGGACAGCCAAAGUUAUGGAACCCAAAGAACCAGCCAAGCUUGGAGUCCAGUUCACAUCUUUUCUUCCCUACUCUCCAUACUGGGUUGUGUCGACUGACUACACCACCUAUUCUGUAGUGUACUCCUGCACAGACAUCUUUGAGAGAUUCCAUUUCAGCUACGCCUGGAUUUUAUCACGGUCACCCACCUUGCCUACAGUAAUUGUGGAUUAUGCUAAAAAGCUGCUGAUUGAAGAAGGAAUCGACAUUUCCAAGAUGACCCACACAGAUCAGAACUGUAUAGUGUAACUGAGGUCUAAUACAGUUGUUCAUUAGAGUUUGCCUUCCUGAAUAUUUUAUAUAAACUACUCGGUUUACCUGUAUUACUCUGUGGCCUUUUAAUCCUUUGCAUUCCUUCAGGGCCAGAUAAUUUUUUCACAAUUUUAGUACAUUUUUCACUUAAAUGAUAAGUUAACAUCUAAAAUAUUCAUUUGGUACUUUAAAAAUGGGAACCUAUAUCAGCACGUUAAUGUAUUCAUUUAAGAUAUUAUUUGAUUAACAGAACAAUGUUUAUUUAUUUACAAUAAUCAGUGAAACAAGCUAUUUUGGGGAAUUAAAAAACUAUAAAGCUUCUGUAUAAAUUAAAGUUACAUCCAUUAUACAA